UAUUGGUCACGCUACAAGUGGGACACUACACUAGAAACAAGGGAUGAACAAAUGAGAGUUACGUAAUGGAGGAAAACCAUAAAGCAACUGGCUGACAGAGUUGCCGCCAAACAGUAACUGCCUGAUGAUGGAGACACAGAUAGGAGCUGAGCUCUGUUUUCCACAACUCUUCAACAGGUCCUGCAGGAGGCCAACGUUUCACUGGUCUGAAGCUGUCCUCCUGAACAUCGUGUUGUCCUUCAUCUCUCUGAUCACUGUCUCUCUCAACCUACUUAUCAUAAUUUCAGUCUCCUAUUUCAGGAAGCUCCAGAAACCUACUAACAUCCUCAUCCUCUCUCUGGCUGUGUCAGACUUUCUUAUUGGCUUUUUUGUUAUUCCAUUUGAAAUGUUAAGAAACACAUCAUGCUGGAUGUUUGAAGAUAUCACAUGUUCAUUUUACUAUUAUGUUGCCUCUGUAUCUCUCAGUGCUUCAGUUGGAACCAUUGUUCUCAUAUCAGCUGAUCGCUAUGUGGCUAUUUGUUACCCUCUGCAUUAUCCCACCAGAAUAACCUUGUCAAGAAUUAAACGCUGUGUUUGUCUUUGUUGGAGCUGUGUUGCUUUCUAUGUAACCGUCUUCCUAAAAGAUGAGCUGAUUCAGCCAGGCAGGAGUAAUUCCUGCAUUGGAGAAUGUACAAUAUCUGUUGAUUAUAUGUCAGGAACUUUUGAUCUGUUUAUAACUUUUUUAUUUCCAGUUACAGUCAUCAUAGUUCUGUAUAUGAGAGUAUUUGUGGUGGCUGUGACUCAGGCUCGUGCCAUGUACUCUCACAAUAGAAGUGUCACCCUUCAGCUUUCAGUGCAACAACAAACAAAGAAAUCAGAGCUAAAAGCAGCCAGAACACUGGGUGUUCUUGUUGUUGCAUAUCUAAUAUGUUUUUGUCCAUAUUACUGCUGCUAUUAUGCUGUAGAUACUUCAAUUAGUACAUCAUAUGCAUCUUUUUGGUUCUUUCUUAUUUAUUUUAACUCCUUUCUGAACCCUAUGAUCUAUGCCUUGUUUUAUCCCUGGUUCCGGAAAGCUAGCAAACACAUUGUCACCUUACAGAUCCUAAAGCCUGGCUCCUCUGAGGCCAACAUACUGUAGAGAUUCAGUAGACUGAGUAAAGUGCAGUCUUUUAAAUAAUUCUAGUUGUCUGAGGAGAGAACAUUUGUUCUGUCAAUGUUAAAAAAUUAUUAAGUAAAUUAUAUUAAUAGUAUGUGGAGAGACAUUUUCAGUUCCAGCAAAAUCAUAUCAGCAAUGAAUUUGCUUUCUGUGAAUUUUUUCUAAUCAAUCUGACUUAUUCAGCAUGCUGUCCCCCUCUCUCUGUCUCUCUAUCAGCAUAGAUAUUUGAAUGUCGUGCAAAAGGCAAUUUGUUUCAGUAAAUCAACUUAAA